GCGAGCGAGCGCUAAAGGGGAAGUGCAGUUUGAGAACCGGGCUAAGGCUCUCCUCCCCGGCCGCUUGGACCCCAGCAGCCUCUUCUCCAAGUUGGUCCCGGCGACCCGCAUCCGACUCCAUGGGUGACUGCGGCACCCAGAGGAAGCUCUGCUGCUUCGUUCUUUUGUGCCUCCUGGUGGCGGGGAUCACCGGGGGGGCGAUCGGAAUCUACAAGUGGCACCACUCCGGGCUCAACAGGUGGCACGGGAGAGGCAGCACCGCCGAUUUUCAGAAAAUCAUCCAGGAGCGAUGCGACGACUACACCCAGCAGAUCCAGCCGGGUGCCAGAAGCAGAAACUGCCAAGGGAUCAAGCAGGCAUUCACGAGUGCAUUCAUUUCCAAGGAUCCCUGCAAAGCAACAAAGGAGGACUACAAACCCCUGCUAGACCUGGCGUAUACCACUGUGCCUUGUGACAAGGCGGUCUUUUGGAGCAAAACAAAGGAGCUGGCUCAUGAGUAUGCGAAACGGCGGGGCCUGUUGACCCUGGAGGACACGCUGCUGGGUUCCCUUGCAGAUGGCCUCAGCUGGUGCGGGGAGCCAGGCUCUCCUGAUUUGAACUAUCAGUCUUGCCCAGACUGGAAGAAAGACUGCAGAACCAACUAUUUUUCUGUAUUCUGGGAAGCGCUGUCCAAAAGGUUUGCAGAAAAUGUCUGUGGUACAGUCCAGGUGGUGCUCAAUGGAUCCAUCGAGAACGCCUUUGAUAAAAUGAGCAUAUUUGGACGAGUGGAAGCCCCUAACUUGAGUCGAAUGGUUACACUAAAGGCUUGGCUGGUACAUGACCCUGGAAAACCUCCCAGCGACUCAUGCUCUGGCCCCUCUAUAAAGGAACUGGAGUCCAUCCUAAAUCAAAGGAGUGUCAGAUUUAUCUGCAGGGAUAAUCUCAGCCGUGACCAGUUUCUUGGAAGUUACUGAGGAUUCAUUUUGCAGAUGAAUCGAUCAGCAUGGUUGAGCCCUGGCAGUAUAGAUCAACACACUCGAUUCAGGAGACACGCUGGUGGAAAGCUGGGACUUUGGGGGGAAACUUUCGUUGUAAAAUUAACACCAGAGAUGGAAGCUUUUCCUCCAGAAUCUUAAAAUAGCUUAUGCUAUUGACAUAGUUUUUAUCUUGAUCUAAUAGUCAAGAAAAAUUAAUUAUUGUAUAAAGUUAGAGUGGAAAUUUUAUAUAGUUUUUUAUUUUUUUAAUAUAUGAUUCUUUUAUAUUGCUAAUAUGUUGGUAACAUCCUUUCUGUUGAAGAAUGACCUCUCCAAACCUAUUGGCCGGUCAAGAAAAAUAAAUGCCCAGGCUUUUCAGCAAAGAUCACAUAUCAAAAUGGAUGACCUUAUCUCAGGAUAUAUUUUUGUAUCUUUCCUACAGAUAAAGUAUAGAUGCCAUGGUUAUGGGUCAUGUUACAUUCUGUAAGAUGUAAAUUAGUCCUGUGCUUGGGGUUUUAUCUCUAAUCCUUCCAAUAGCCCUGUGAGGUUGAUAUUACUAUCCUCCAUUUGUUAAAUGAGAAGAAUAAGUUCAGAAAGUUUAUAUAAUUUCCCAAAAGUCAUACAUUUAGGUCAAGGUAGAGAAUGAAUUUGAACUCAACUUUGUUUCAAAACUUCACGUGCUUGCCCUUUCUAGGCAGAUAAACUAGAUUGAUAGUCCUUAUGCUGUCUUCUAAUGAAUGUAUGUUGGAUUAAAUUGAAUGCAGUAGAGUCUGAAAUGUGAUUUUUCUGGAUGGCUUCAAAACAGUUACAGUUUUUCAUCCUCUUCCUUGCUUUUCCUCAUCUUGGUGUCUUACUUGUGUAGUCAGUUAAAAUGUAUUUAUUUGUUCUUGAUGCUGACAGUUUGCAUCUCACUUAAAUUUUACUUGAUUGGUCUUGCUUUGGGAAUGCUCAUUUUUACUACUGUUAAAGAACCAACAAUUAACCUUGUUGAUUUUGUCAUUCUACUUAUUUAGGUUUUACUUUCCUCUCUAUUAUUAGAGAUAGAGAGAUUCUAAUUUCUUUUCAUUUCCUUAUUCAGCUUCUUAAGAUGGAAGUUUAGAUCGCUGAAUUUGUUGUACAUUUUCUUUUCUUAUAUGUUCAUUUUAGUACUAUCAUUUUUCUUCUGAGUGCUGUCUUUGCUGAAGCUCUUAAAAUUUUUGCUAUGUCUCUUUUCCUCAUAAUUUAAAAACAUUUUCUGAUUUAAUUGUUAUUUCAAAAUGUGUUGCUUAAGUUUUAAACAUCAGAUAUUUUCUAGUUCUUUGUUGUUUUGUCAAAACAUAAGAUGCAUCGAGUGGAGAAUUAAUAAACUCAUUUGGAAACCCUUCA